CAGGGGGGAACCGUCGAUGCUCCCCAGCAUAAUGUUCGGGUCUAUAUUCUCGCAAUAGUCACCUCAAUGGGUGCCUUUCUUUUCGGAUAUGACCUAGCAUUCAUCGGAACGUCAAUUGAAUUGGCGCCCUUCAAGAGAGAUUUCGGACUAGAAGGCGCAUCUGAGGCAGUUCGAAACUCAUUUUCUGCCAACAUCGUUUCGCUUCUACAAGCCGGGUGUUUUUUCGGCUCUUUAGCGGCUGCGCCUGUCAGCGAUAAAUUGGGCCGCCGCCUGGGCCUGGCUCUUGGCGCCAUCGCGUUCAUUGCAGGCUCUAUUAUGCAAACUGCAUCUGCCGGCAAUAAGCCUGUGAUGUUUGUAGGCAGAGUAAUUGGCGGUGUAGGUGUCGGCUUUGCCAGCAUGUUGGUGCCUUUGUAUACUGCCGAGUGUGCACCACCGAAGAUUCGAGGACGACUUGUUGGAAUUUACGAGAUCGGCGUUCAAAUCGGUACCUGCCUUGGGUUUUGGAUCAACUAUGGCGUGGAUCGCAACAUGGCACCGACUUCUUCACAGUGGAUGACACCAUUUGCAUUGCAACUUAUUCCCGGCGGUCUACUAAUUAUUGGGUUAAUUUUCAUGCCAGAGUCACCGCGAUGGAUGGCCAAGGCAUAUGGGAGAAAUAGAGCCGUCGAGAACCUCUCUCUGCUGCGUGGCCUUCCUGUUGAUCAUCCGGCCGUUGAGGAAGAGGUUAGCGAUAUCCUUCACCAGCUAGAUAUCGAGCUUUCUGAUAACCUCAGGAAUACUCGUGCUGCAUGGAAGGAGCUGAUGCAGCCCGGACUCCGGAAUCGGGUGUUUAUUGGCAUCAUGAUUAUGGUAUUCUUCCAGAUGUGUGGCUCAAAUUCCAUCAAUUACUACUCACCUCAGAUUUUCGGAUCGAUUGGUCUGCAGGGAGCUGAAGCAACCCUGGUAUCCACCGGCAUAUAUGGCAUUGUCCGGUUGGUGGCCGUCUUCUUUGCCAUGUACUUCGUUGUCGACCGCUUUGGGAGAAAAGCGAUGUUGAUCGGCGGAAGUGUGAUGAUUGCUAUCUCAAUGUGGCUCAUUGGAGUGUUUGUCAAAGUUCAAACGUCAACUGCCAACUCGGGUGGAUCCUUGAGCGGAACUUCUUACGCAGCGGUGGUUUUCAUCUUCGUCUUUGCUGUCUCAUUCUGCUUCAGUUGGGCUGGUGUCCCAUGGGUAAUUUGUUCCGAGAUUUAUCCCCUGCGCGUGCGAGGUUUGUGUGUUAGCAUUUGUGUUGCCACCCAUUGGCUGGUCAAUUUUGUCAUUGCAAGAAGCACACCAUAUAUGAUUUCAAACAUUGGAUUUGGGACAUAUUUUGUGUUUGCUGCUUGCACUACGUUGGCCGUGCCUUUUGUUUGGUUCAUGGUGCCAGAGACUAAAGGGAUGAAGUUGGAGGAAGUGGACGCUCUUUUCGAAGGGCGAGGGCUUAUUCCGCGGAGGAAACAAUGUGUCGAAACGGCGGAGGAGGGUACUGACGAGAAGGGUGCUAUUGAGCAAAUUGAGAGAGUGUAA